AUGAGAGAGAGCACAGGAGAGAGAGAGAGAGAGAGAGAGAGCAGGAGAGCACAGGAGAGAGAGAGAAAGCAGGGCAGAGGGACAGCACAGGAGAGAGAGAGGGAGAGAGAGAGAGCAGGGGGCAGAGAGAGAGGAAAGAAAGAAAGAGAGAGAGUGAUGUCAAACCAGCUGAGCUCAGAAAGUAAACAGUCCUCGGCCCUACAGCAUGCUGUCUGCGGGACGCCAGCUGGUGGAGCUCAGCAGGGAGACGCUCUCUCUCCCAAUCCUCCUCCUCACCCUCCUCUUCAUCGCCCAGACGCCAGCCUGGCCACACGACUACAGAUCGUGGCACGACAACAACUGUCCCAGCGCGGAGUGGAGCAUCAUGUGUCGCGGCUGCUGCGAAUACGACCAGAUCCGCUGCAAGUGCCCCGCCCAGGGCGCCCUGGUGGGCUACGCCGUGCCCUGCUGCCGCAACGCCAUCAACGAGUGUGACCCCUGCAUCAUCCACCCAGGUUGUAGUAUCUUUGAGAACUGUAAGCGCUGUAACAACGGAACGUGGGGCGUGAAAGACGACUUCUUCAUCAAGGGAAAAUACUGCACAGAGUGCCGACCGGGAUGGUCAGGGGGAGACUGCAUGACGUGUGGAGGCGUCAUACAUAAAGCCCACGGGCACAUCGUCGUGGAGAGCUACCCCACCAACGCUCACUGUGAGUGGACCCUGCACGUCGACCCUGGGAUGACCGUCGAGAUCAGGUUCAUGAUGCUAAGUCUGGAGAAGGACGACAGCUGCCGCUCCGAUUUCGUGGAGGUGCGGGACGGCGACGGCCUACACUCUCGCGUCAUCGGCCGAUACUGCGGAAACCAGAGACCUCCGCCGAUCAGGAGCACCGGGAACUCGCUGCACGUCCUCUUCGUCUCCGACGGCUAUAACAACUAUGACGGUUUCUUCGCCAUAUUCAAGGAGAGCUCAGCGUGUAGCUCUUCCCCCUGUUUACACGACGGGACCUGCAUCCUGGACUCCGCCGACUCGUACCGAUGCGCCUGUCUGGCCGGCUACACGGGCAGACGAUGUGAGAACGUGGUGACGUGCGGGACCCCGCGGGCGCCGGCGCACGGAACGGCGGAGGGGGGGCGCCUGCACCUCGGGGGGCGGGUCAUCUUUCGCUGCGACCCCGGGUUCGCUCUGCUCGGACCCCUCAGCGCCACCUGUGGGCUGGACGGGGCCUGGAGCCCCCCCGGCCCCAUCUGCGUGCCCAGACCGCGGACGUGCGUCGCUCCUGAGAAGCCCGCACACGGAGAUCACUUCCUGCUGUACGGUGCGAGGGAGAUCGCCAUCGCCGUGCAAUACCUGUGCUACCGGCCCUACGUCAUGAGGGGGAACUCCCAGAGAACCUGCCUGCCCAACAGCACCUGGAGCGGAACAGCGCCCUCCUGUGUCAAAGAAAAAGAGAGGGAAGACGAAGACAUGAAUGUAGUGGAAGGCAAGGUUAACAUGAGAACCAACGAAAGCGGAGGAGGCAAAGAGACGGGAAAGCCCACGGACACGGCAGCGGGAAAAGGCGUGAACGCGGUGGAGACAACGGACAAGGACAAAAUCCAGGUCACCACUGCCGUUAAAGUUACAGAAAAAAGCCCCGACACGGCUGUGACCAAAACUACAGGAAAAGUCACGGAUGCGGGUGGGACCAAAACUACAGGAAAAGUCACAGAUACGGGUGGGACCAAAACUACAGUAAAAAUCACUGUGCCCGCUGUAGGCCCUACUGUAAUUAAAGACACCAGGACAAUUACGGUGGGACGCAAAGACGUGAAAAUUACCACGGUAAGCCUCGGAAGCAACGAUACAGGAAAUGCUGUGGUAACCGACGACGCGGGAAUUACCUUGGUAACCGUCGGGAGCGACGACACAGAAAUCGCCGCGGAAACGGUGGGAAGCAAGGACAGGGGUGAUACCGUGGAAACGGUGGGAAGCAAGGACAGGGGUGAUACCUUCGAAACGGUGGGAAGCAAGGACAGGGGUGAUACCUUCGAAACGGUGGGAAGCAAGGACAGGGGUGAUACCGUGGAAACGGUGGGAAGCAAGGACAGGGGUGAUACCGUGGAAACGGUGGGAAGCAAAGGCACGGGAAGAGGGGCAGACUCUGCCGGGGGAACUGAAACGGGACAAGGAUCGGACAGGGGACGAGACAGAGGGACAGAGGCAGACAACCUGAGCAUCCACGAGACUGAGAGGACCCCCUGCCCCCCUCCUCCAAAGCUGUAUAACGGGUACCACCAGGUGGUAGUGGGUUCUGGAGUGGAGCCGGACCGGGCCGAGUUCUUCUGUAACCACUCGUACGCCCUCAGUGGCAGCGCCGUGAGGACCUGCCAGCCCAACGGGGCCUGGGGCGGCACACAGCCCCUGUGUAUCAGAGCAUGUCGAGAACCCAAGGUGUCAGAGCUGGUGAGACAGAAGGUCCUGCCUCCACAAGUCCCUUAUAGAAAGACCCCCGUGCACAAGCUGUACUCCUCCAUGAACCAGGGCAAGGUGCUGGACCGGACGGGCCCCGCGGGGCCCCUCUCGCUCCCCCCGCUGGCCCCCGGCUUCCACCACCUGUACACGCACAUCCAGUACGAGUGCGCCUCGCCCUUCUACCACCACGCCGGCAGCCCCCGCCGCACCUGCCUGAAGACCGGCAAGUGGAGCGGCCGUCAUGUCUCCUGCUCGCCAGUGUGCGGUAGGCUCCCGGCCUUCGAGCCGGAGAAGCUGGCGGAGACGCGCUGGCCGUGGCACGCCGCCAUCUACCGCCAGGCCGCCGCCGACCAGGCCGGCGCUCCGGACAAAAUGGCCGCCGCUCCGGACAAAAUGGCCGCUGCUCCGGACAAAAUGGCCGCCGCCGCGGGCGGCCCGGCGAAGGCCAAAGCCGGCGAGGCAGAGGAGGGAGGGGAGGAAGAGGCCUGGCAGCUGGUCUGCAGCGGCGCCCUGGUGAACCAGCGCAGCGUGGUGGUGGCCGCGCACUGCGUGACCCAGCUCGGGAAGCUGCUGCCCGUCGCCGUCGGCAACAUCAAGGUGGUGAUGGGGAAGCACUACCGCAGCGACCACCGGGACUCCAAGAACCUGCAGCACCUCAGGGUGUCCUCCGUCCUGAUCCACCCCAACUUCGACCCGCUGGUGCUGGACUCGGACCUGGCGGUGCUGAAGCUGCUGGACAAGGCCCGGAUCGGCGAGCACGUUCUGCCCGUCUGCCUGCCCGCGCGGCAGGGCGGGGAGGUGCUGGCCCGCCAGGCGUACGUGGUGGGCUGGUCCAUCCUGCCGGAGGCGCGGGAGCAGGAGGAGCAGGAGGAGGAGGAGGAGGAGACGGCGCGGGCGGGGCUCAUCGAGCUGGGCGACGUGGUGGACUGCGAGCGGCAGUACGCCCAGCAGGGGGCGGCGCUGAGCAUCACAGACAACAUGCUCUGCGCCCGGCAGCACCCCUACGGCUUCUCCAACAUCUGCCCCGCGGACACGGGCGGCAUCGCGCUCCUGCCACCGCCGGUCUCGCCCUCCUCCUCGCCCUCCUCCUCCCCGUCCUUCUCGGCGCCCGUGUUCUCCGGCGGGCAGGAGGUGGGGGGCACGGUGUGGAGGCUCCUGGCCGUGGUGAGUCACGGGUACGAGCAGCAGGCCUGCGGCCCCGACCGCUACACCGUCUACACGCGCACCGCCAACUUCAAGGACUGGAUCGAGGCCAACAUGAAGUAGGACUAGCGCUGCUGUACGACUCCGCGCCCAACUCCCUCUCACUCUCUCUCUCUCUCCCUUUCCCUCUCACUCUCUCCCUCUCACU